ACGCGACAGCUCUCACGCAGUGUAUCAGAUACUGUAUGUAGCGUGUUAUAAGCGUGUGGCAUACAGCCAUGUCAGUAAGCGCUCAGCUUCAGCUCAAUAUGUUGUCGUUUUUCUGGAGAAACGGAGUGGAGACGCCGGAGCCGCUUAAAGCAGAUGUGACAGGCUCCAUCCCACCAUGGCUUCAGGGGACACUCUUACGAAAUGGUCCUGGUCUGUUCUCAGUUGGUAACACUUCUUACAAGCACUGGUUUGAUGGAAUGGCACUCAUCCACAGUUUCACGUUUAAAGAUGGGGACGUAUUUUACAGAAGUAAAUUCUUGAAUAGUGAAACAUACAAAAAGAACAUAGCUGCCAAUAGGAUCAUUGUGUCUGAAUUUGGAACCAUGGUUCAUCCAGAUCCCUGCAAGAAUAUAUUCUCCAAGGCCUUCAGUUACUUCAUGAAUGCCAUUCCAGAUUUCACAGAUAAUAAUCUCAUUAACAUCAUAAGAUAUGGUGAAGAUUAUUACGCAUCAUCAGAAGUGAAUUACAUUAACCAAAUUGACCCACUGACACUAGAAACAUUAGGAAGAACUAACUACAGAAAUCACAUUGCCAUUAACUUGGCAACCGCACACCCUCACUAUGAUGAAGAAGGGACCACGUACAACAUGGGCACUGCCAUCAUGAACUUCGGCAGACCGAAAUAUGUUAUUUUCAAGGUGCCAGCCAAUGCCACAGAUAAAGAGAAGAAGAAGCCAGCCCUCAGGAAGGUGGAACUAAUUUGCUCCAUUCCUUUCCACUCCACCUUGUAUCCGAGCUACUUCCACAGCUUCGGCAUGACGGAGAACUACAUUAUCUUUGUAGAGCAGGCCUUCAAGCUGGAUAUCCUCAAACUGGCCACAGCUUACUUCAGAGAUGUCAACUGGGGCAGUUGCCUGAAAUUCGACAAAGAUGACAUUACACUGAUCCAUCUGGUCAAUAGGAAGACUGGGGAAACUGUGAGCACAAAGUACUACGCAGACGCAUUUGUGGUCUUCCAUCACAUCAAUGCUUAUGAAGAAGAUGACCAUGUUGUCUUUGACUUGAUCACAUACCAGGACAGCAAUCUGUACGAUAUGUUCUACAUACACAACAUGAAGCAAGAUGUUGACAAAUUUAUAGAGACCAACAACGAAUUCUCUCGACCAACAUGUCAACGGUUUGUCCUUCCUCUCAACAUAGACAAGGAAGCUCCACCAGACACCAACCUGGUGAAGUUACAGGACACAACAGCCACAGCAGUGCUGAAGCAGGAAGGCUCCAUCUACUGCACCCCUGACACUAUUUUUGAGGGUUUAGAAUUGCCAGGGAUUAACUACAAAUUCAACAGUAAGAAGUACAGGUACUUCUAUGGCACCAGGGUGGAUUGGUCACCAUAUCCAAGCAAGAUUGCAAAAGUGGACAUAGCUACCAGGAUUCACCAAGUGUGGAUCGAGGAGGAAUGUUACCCAUCUGAGCCAGUGUUUGUAGCAUCUCCAGAUGCUGUUGAAGAAGAUGAGGGUGUUAUCCUGUCUUCUGUGGUUUCAUUCAAUCCCCAAAAGCCUCCUUUCCUGGUGAUCCUGGAUGCUAAGUCCUUUAAAGAGAUAGCUCGCGCUACCAUUGACACUGCUAUUCAUAUGGACCUGCAUGGGCUUUUCAUCCAUGAUAAGUCUACCUAAAAUGGACAUUAAGAAUAAUACAACAACUCAUUUUC